ACGCAGGUGACAUCUGGUCACGACUAGCCAUCGAGCUGCUGGGGAUAUUCACGAGCUGGACAGCUGGACGUUUGCCAUUGUGAUCGACAUGGCAGAGAUAAAUAUCGCGGCUCCCUCCCGCCGAUCUCUGCAUCUGGUCUUGGUUCUCCAGCUCACAGCUCUCACAUCUCCAACAGUAGACGCUUGUUCAGCCUCGUGGUCGUCCUCCCUAUCCUCAUCAACAACAAUCCACUUGUUCCUUGCACUAGAGACGCCGUCACGAUGCACGCCCUCUUCCUCAUCUCCCUGGUGCUCCCGCUGGUGUCGGCCGCCCCGGCCCGCCGCGCCACGCCCGCUCCUCUGCUCAAGCCCCGCGACGGCACGAUCAUCGAGAACAAGUACAUUGUCAAGCUCACCGACAGCAUCAAGGCUGCUGGUGUCGACGAGGCCCUGAACCUGUUCAAGGCUGAUGCCGACCACGUCUACGACGCCGAGGGGUUCAAGGGUUUCUCUGGCCACCUCGAGUCUGACGAGCUCACUGCUCUGCUCAACCACCCCGAUGUCGAGUUCAUUGAGCACGAUGCCGAGGUCACCACCCAGGCCUACACCACCCAGACCGGUGCCACCUGGGGCAUCACCCGCAUCAGCCACAAGUCGCGCACCGCGACCGGCUACACCUACGACACCAGCGCUGGCGAGGGCACGUGCUCGUACAUUAUUGACACGGGCAUCUACACCACCCACAGCGACUUUGGCGGCCGUGCCACCUUCCUGGCCAACUAUGCCAGCGACAGCACCACCGGCGACGGCAACGGCCACGGCACCCACGUUGCCGGCACUGUCGGCUCGACCACCUACGGCGUGGCCAAGAAGACCAAGCUCUACGCUGUCCGCGUUCUCAACGCCAGCGGCAGCGGCACCAACUCUGGUGUCAUUGCCGGCAUGAACUUUGUCGCCACCGACUCGCAGACUCGCUCGUGCCCUGCGGGCUCCGUCGCCAACAUGUCUCUUGGUGGUGGCUACUCUGCUGCCGUCAACGACGCCGCCACUGCUCUCGUCAACGCCGGUGUCUUCCUGGCUGUUGCCGCUGGCAACUCUGCCGCCAACGCGGCCAACUACUCGCCCGCCUCUGCCGCGGCCGCCUGCACGGUUGGUGCCACGACCUCGACCGACGCCAUUGCCAGCUACUCCAACUACGGCGCGCUCGUCGACAUCUUUGCGCCCGGCUCGAGCAUCACCUCGACCUGGAACAACGGCGGCACCAACAGCAUCUCUGGCACCUCGAUGGCCUCCCCCCACGUUGCCGGCCUCGGUGCCUACCUGCUGGCCCUCGAGGGUCCCCGCACCCCUGCCGCCCUCUGCACCCGCAUCAAGGCCCUGGCCCAGACCGGUGUGCUGAGCGGCAUCCCCAGCAGCACCGUCAACCAGCUCGCCUUCAACGGCAACCCCUCUGAUUAAGCGUCUGUUCUCCUGACUCUGGGAGCCAAGCCUCGUCGUGGCUCCCAAAACAGGAAGCUCACUAGUGUUUUCUCGGCUGAGAAUGGCAGUUGAUGAUGACGACAUUUGAUGACGGACUCACAAGCAGUGCCUGCAGGGGGGCUUGGCUCUGCUUAUGGCCAGGGAUCGAUCAUUUUGAUUACACA